AUGUUGACACUGCUGUUUUUAAGAGGUAUCUGUGGUCUGCAUAUUUCUUCUUCAUGACAAACCUUGUUCUUGUAAAGUUUUUAUUAUCUAAUUAUUUACAUAAUUAAACGUUUUGAGUAGUUAUAUUUUAAUUGUGUUGUGUGUGUGGCUACGGCCGUGUCAUGCGAUCUUAUGUCAAGUUUAACUAGAACUCGAGUCCUUGAAUCACAAGGAGAAGAUUGUGAAAACGAAAACACUUUGAAAAGAAAAAGAAACUCUGGUAGUGGUGAUCAUUAUUGUAAAAUAGCAAAACAAGAAGAAAAUAUGACAGACACUACAAACCAAAAGCGUGCAAAUUUUUCUGCUCUCACUCCAGCAUCGAAUGGAUUAAAUAGGACAGUUCCUACUCUGGUUAAUUUAAAACCAGGAGCAGCUAAAAAACUGGUCAUCAAAAAUUUUAAAGAAAAGCCUAAAUUGCCAGACAACUACCAGCAGCUGACAUGGGAGAAGCUCAAGGAGGCUGUGAUAGCUAUCCAGUUGUCCACAUCCAUCAGAUACAGCCUGGAGGAACUCUAUCAGGCGGUGGAGAACAUGUGCAACCACAAGAUGGCUGUGGAUCUUUAUUCCAACCUCAAAGAUUUGACAGAGAUGCACGUGAGAGCCAACAUAGAGCAGUUCCUGGCGGACACUAUGGAUCGAUUGAUCUUCCUCAAGAAGAUGAACGAGUGCUGGUUGUCACACUGUCGUCAGAUGAUCAUGAUCCGUAGCAUCUUCCUCUACCUCGACCGCACCUACGUGCUGCAGAACGCCGCCGUCCAUUCCAUCUGGUGAGUCAGGCAGUCCCUACU